AUGUUCCAGUCUUGGAAGGUUGCUUUAUGGCUGCUGCGGAAGCAUCUGUUGCCGCCUCACAUCCUCACAGACGGUGAUGACGACCUACCAUUUAAAGAAUCAGUGCUUUACGAGUAUGCAGUUCUUCAUUGGCACGAGCACGUGUCGGCACUUCGAACGCCCCCAGACGAUGUCCUUGAUUUACUUUCUCGAUUUUUACGAGGAAUCGAGGGUGUCACUUGGUCAGAAAGCCCCUUCGAGGCAAGACAAAGGAGUGGCAUUGCUUCGCAAUUGGUGGUUCAAACUCUGCUUAAGGCCUGGUAUGACGGCCUCGACGAGGGCACCCAACAGAAGAUACCCAUCAAAGGCUAUUUUAUCAAGCCACAUGAAAGGCUGCAAAAAGAGUUGGAGGAGAAUGCAGAAGAGAACGUGGCCCCUUAUCUACCAUUCAUGCGGCUCGGGCAAUUUUUUAAUCUUGGAGGCCGGUCGCAGGAGGAUUGGCGGAAAGGCUUCAUGUACAAGCAGGCGGUGGCGGCGGGAUUUGAAAGUAGUCUGAGUGCUCGACAUCCUCUAACCCUCCCGACGAAAACAAGCAUGCUUCAAGAGUUCUUUUGGCAAAGGCGAUUCGAAGAGGCAGAGAAAGAGCUGUCAAAGGUUGAAUCCGUACAAAGAGAAAUUUACGACCAGGACAGCGUUGAUCUUUAUAUUACUGUUCAAUUACCAGGCUAUGCACAAUACUCUUGUGCAAGAUUCGAUGAGGCCAAGGGAAACUUGGACGCAGCGCGAACGAAUUAUGAUACAAUACUCAUUGAAUGGUCUCCGAUCGGGGGCAAUGCCCAUCCUCUGUCAAUCAUGGUGCCAACGACGCUGGGUAUGGUUUGCCGUAAAUUGGAAGAUUAUCCAACAGCGGACCAAACUCUGUUGGAUGGUUGGAGGCAGGCACGAAGAAUUUUCGGCGACGACCUGAAUCCGACCGUCGAUACUGCCCUGUCUCUAGCUCUCGAAUAUCGAGACACGGCAGAACUGGGUAUAGCCAACAAAACUCUAGAGGCGAUCAGAUCGUCCAAGAGAUUGGCAACCGAUUUUCUGAUGGCUCUUCAAAAGCUCAUUGAUCAGAGUACCGGUAUCAGCGGGGAGAAAAACAACAGGUCGCUGCUCUGGAUACGCUUAACACUGGCAACUGUGCUCCGACAACACGAACAUCUAGACGAAGCUGCAGCAUUGUCCAGCGAGAUUGUGGAGCCAAUGGAUGAGGCAGAGGGACGAUUCCCCUUUGUACCGGAACCACCUGAAAGGUUAGCCAUUGCGGAACAAGCGUUGCCGCUUGUGCAAAAAACUCGACAAGCUGAGGUUAACACACUUCUCUGUGCAAGCAAGCUCCAAUGGGUCCGUGAGAGGGAUUUUGAUAUCUUGCAAGGGGGUCCGAUCACCGAUAUAGAUGUUGUUAAGCCGGUUGUGACGAUUGCAACUGAAUCCUAG